AAAUAAACGUGAGUUGCCCUCGCUUUAACUAUUUAACUAGGGUUUCGCUUUCACUUAACUAACAACUCCUUUUUGCUUCCCUUCUCUCUCUCUCUCUCUCUUUCUUUCGAGUCAAGCUUGAAUUCACCUGAUUUUUAUUUUCUUCUAAUUUGCAGAGGUUUGUAAGAAAAAGAUUAGCUUUUGGCUAACAUUUUACUGGAGGUAGGCAAGACGGUAAAAGGUUAUGCCCAGUAUGGAAAAUGGAAGUUCUAAUGUCCCACGGGCUGAAGAAAUCAAACUCCAAGCUAAUGAAGCAUUUAAAGCCCACAAAUAUGGUCAGGCUAUUGACUUGUACACGCAAGCAAUAGAGCUAAAUGGUCAGAAUGCAGUCUACUGGGCGAAUCGUGCAUUUGCUCAUACCAAAUUGGAAGAGUAUGGUAGUGCCAUACAGGAUGCUACUAAGGCAAUUGAAGUGGAUCCUAAAUAUUCAAAGGGUUACUACAGACGAGGCGCUGCUUAUCUUGCCAUGGGGAAGUUUAAGGAAGCACUAAAGGAUUUUCAGCAGGUCAAAAAGAUUUGUCCUAGUGAUCCCGAUGCUGCUAAGAAAUUAAAGGAAUGUGAGAAAGCAGUAAUGAAAUUAAAAUUUGAAGAAGCAAUUGCUGUACCUGAGUCUGAGAGGCAUUCUGUAGCUGACUCCAUUGACUACCAUUCCAUAGGGAUGAGUCACAGCUCACCGUCAAUGCCCACCCAAGUGGCCUUAGCGGCAGUUGCAGUAGCAUUUGUGGCGGCACUAGUGAUGAUUGUGGGGGCAGCAGCCACAAAGGUGGCAGCAGUGGUGGUGGUGGUCUUUCUAGGGACAUGGUGGUGGGGUGGAUCCACUGAGGUGGAGCCACAAUAUUCUGGUGCAAAAAUAGAGGGAGAUGUUGUUACUUUGGAUUUUGUUAAGAAAAUGAUAGAUGACUUCAAGAAUCAAAAGUGUUUGCAUAAAAGAUAUGCAUUCCAGAUUGUCUUACAAACAAGAGAAAUGUUGCGGGCUCAGCUCUCUCUUGUUGAUAUUAAUGUUCCUGAUGGCAGUCAUUUCACUGUCUGUGGCGAUGUACAUGGUCAGUUCUACGAUUUGAUAAACAUUUUCGAGCUUAAUGGUCUCCCAUCUGAAGAGAAUCCAUAUCUCUUUAAUGGUGACUUUGUGGAUAGAGGAUCUUUCUCUGUGGAGGUCAUCCUCACACUGUUUGCAUUUAAGUGCAUGUGUCCAUCAGCUAUUUAUCUUGCUAGGGGGAAUCAUGAGAGUAAGAGCAUGAACAAGAUAUAUGGUUUUGAGGGAGAGGUCAGGUCCAAGCUGAGUGAAACAUUUGUGGAACUCUUUGCAGAAGUAUUUUGUUGUUUGCCUUUGGCUCAUGUAAUAAAUGAAAAGGUCUUUGUUGUUCAUGGAGGCCUUUUUAGUGUUGAUGGGGUGAAACUUUCGGACAUCAGAGCAAUAGAUCGGUUUUGUGAGCCUCCUGAGGAAGGGUUGAUGUGCGAAUUGCUUUGGAGUGAUCCCCAACCUUUCCCAGGACGAGGUCCUAGCAAGAGGGGAGUGGGUCUUUCUUUUGGUGCAGAUGUGACAAGAAAAUUUUUGCAGGAUAACAAUCUAGAUUUAGUUGUACGAUCUCAUGAAGUAAAAGAUGAAGGUUAUGAGAUUGAGCAUGAUGGUAAACUUAUUACUGUUUUCUCUGCACCAAAUUAUUGUGAUCAGAUGGGUAACAAGGGUGCUUUUAUUCGCCUCGAAGCCCCUGACUUGAAGCCAAAUAUUGUUACAUUCUCAGCAGUGCCUCACCCUGAUGUCAAACCAAUGGCGUAUGCAAACAAUUUCCUCCGAAUGUUCCAAUAAUUUAUACCUCUGACUAGGAUGGCCCAGUCUUGUACCCUUUUUUGCUAUACAAUGCCUCUACUGCUCAAUAGUAAGUUGUUCCAGGAGGCAGCUGGAGAAGUGGUAAAUGUUGACAGAUGCAGUUUAAUUUAUGGUUUCUCUUUUUCUUUUCCCUGAAAGAUUGGUCUCUCUCUCUCCUUUGCUUUCCGUUUCAUUGUAAGAAUUUCAGGCUUCCAGUCUCAUAUUUUGAAAGUUUUCCUCAUUUGAAUCCAAAAGCCAGUUCCAAGGUUGGGAAAGAGGAAAAGGAAAAGAGAAGCUUGCUGGCAGGAGUCUGGCGGCAUUGUAAAAUCCAAAAUGGAUUGACCUCUUUUCUCUUUGUAUUUAUAAACUAUAGAUAGUGCUUUGUUUACACUUGGAAUAAAAAAUGGUUGCUAUGGUUUUUGACUUCU